AUGAAGUCCGUUAAUAUCAGCCUCACUGCCGUUGGAUUGGUGCUUUGCCUGUUUGCCAUCGAUGGUAUCGCGGCACGUUCCAGUGCGGACCGCAAGAAGGACUACGAUUACGACUACGAGACGGGCCUGUCGAGUGGAGGAGGUGGCGGUGGUGGUAGUAGCUACGGUUCGGGCAGCAGCUACUCACCCAAAUCGGGUUACAGUGCCGGCAGUGGGUUGCGCUCGAUCGCCCAAGGUUCGGCCGAUCAGGCUAAUUCGGCCGUUGCUAAUCAGCAUGCCGCAGCCAAACAGGCUGCGUACGUAGCACAAAACACACUCGCCCAGGCAGCCUCACAAGCGGCAGCCACCGCCCAAGCCGCCCUGGCCGGUAAGCACGUGCUGCUGCAGGGAUUGGAGCAACAAAGUCUCGAAGCACACCAGGCGCUCGAUGCGGAGAUUCAGCAGCUGCAGCAAGCGAAACGGUCCGCCAAAGCGGCACAGCAUGCCGCCCAGCAGGCACUAAACCAUGUGCAGGUGCUACAGUCCGCGCUAAACAAUGCGCAGGUGGCGGCCGAACAUGCGCAGCAGAGUGCAAGCGAGGCGGCAGCCGAAUUGGCCUCCCAGACACAGAUGGUCGGUACGGCGAAGCAGCGGGUGGAGGCGCUCGAGGAGCAGCUUAACUCGGCCCGGGUGGACUUUGAGGCUACGCAGGAAGCGGCCCACAAGGCGGCUGCAUCCGCCCAGGAGGCACAGAACAAUGCGGCUGAAGCGGCAGCCCAUGCGGCGAUCCCGCUCGUGCAUGUGGCCCACCAGUCGAUUUCGGACGGUCAUGGACUUGGCAACAGUCACACGCUUCAGGCGAAGAUUGGCAAGGUCGGUGGUGGUGGGGGCAAGCACCAGCAGCAACAUGCGUCGUCGGAGGAUGAGAUUAACAGUGGCGAGAUUGAGGUAGCGGCCAACCACAACUAUGGCGACUUUAAACCAUCCCAGCAAACGUUCAGCUUUGCCGGAUACUGA